AUGGCCGCCCUCUCCGCGAGGCCAGCGGCGUCCCGCUGCCUCCAAGUCUCCCCCGCGGCGCGCAUCCUCAACCCAUCCAUCCGCUUGCGCCCCUCCACGACGACACGACCACAACCACCCGGCACAACAGCAUCAGCAGCGUCACGACGCCCAAUCCACUCGACAUCCCGCAGCGGAUCCCGCUAUGAACCCCUCCGCCCGCCGUCCCCCGCCUCCCUCGGCGCCCCGAAGCGCGCCCGCACAUACCCCAAGGGCCGCAAAUGGACCCGCCGCCUGCUCGUCCUCUCCGCCGCCGUCGGCACCGUCUACCUCCUCGACUCCCACAUCUACGCCUCCGGCCUCGGCCGCUCCCUCCGCACCUUCGGCACCGGCCUCCUCGUCGCCCUCGACUACAAGCUCAACUUCCGCCCCGUCCCGCUCACCGGCGGCUCCGUCCAGGACCUGCACCGCCGCAACGCCGAGCGCCUGUUCGACCUGCUCCGGCACAACGGCGGGCUGUACCUCAAGAUCGGCCAGGCCAUCGCCAUGCAGAGCGCCGUGCUGCCGCCCGAGUUCCAGAAGAUGUUCGCGCGCAUGUUCGACGACGCGCCGCAGGGCGAGUGGUCCGACGUCGAGGCCGUCAUCCGCGAGGACUUUGGCGGGCGCUCCGUUGAGGAGGUCUUCGGCGUCAGCUUCCGCGGGGAAGAAGGCAAGGGCCUGAUGGAGCGCCGCGCGAGAGCCAGCGCCAGCGUCGCGCAGGUGCACUGGGCGCGGCUGCCGGACGGCCGGGAGGUGGCGAUCAAGAUCCAGAAGCGCGAGAUCGCGAAGCAGAUCUCGUGGGACCUGUGGGCGUUCAAGACGGUCGCGUGGAUCUACAGCCGGUGGUUCGACCUGCCGCUGUACAGCCUCGUGCCCUUCAUCACGGAGCGGCUCGAGCUCGAGACGGACUUUGAGAACGAGGCCAAGAACUCGGAGACGAUGCGCGCGCUGAUCGACGGCGAGCGCAGCCUGCGCGGCCGCGUGUACGUGCCGAAAGUGUAUCCGGAGCUGUCGACGAAGCGCGUCAUGACGACGGAGUGGAUCGAGGGCGUGCGGCUGUGGGACAAGCAGGGCAUCAACGGCCGCUGGCUCGGCGGGUACGGGAACGGGUCGCCGGGCGUCAAGGGCGCGACGACACUCGAUGCCCCCGACGCGGCGGCCGUGCGGCGGGAGCUCCGCGAGCGGCCUUACCGGGAGCAGCUGAAGCCCGAGCGCGGGGAGUGGCGGGGCCGGCGCGGGCGCGGCGGGCUGGGGCUGAGCAGCAAGGAGGUGAUGACGACGAUGGUGGACCUGUUCUCGGCGCAGAUCUUCAAAUGGGGCGUGGUGCACUGCGACCCGCACCCGGGCAACAUCUUCAUCCGGCGGCUGCCGAGCGGGCGGGCGGAGCUGGUGCUCAUCGACCACGGGCUGUACGUGUACAUGAGCCCGGCGUUCCGGCACCAGUACGGCGUGUUCUGGAAAGCGCUGAUGACGUUCGACAACAAGACGAUCGAGCAGGUGACGGAGGCGUGGGGGAUCAAGGCGGCGGACCUGUUUGCGAGCGCGACGCUGAUGCGGCCGUACGAGGGCGGGGACGAGCGCACGCGCAACGGCAUCAUGAAGGAGCUCGAGGGCAAGACGCCGGCGGAGCGGCACUACGAGAUGCAGCAGCGGAUGAAGCAGGGUAUCCGGGAUAUGCUGGCCGACGAGGAGAAGUGGCCGAAGGAGCUGAUUUUCAUCGGGAGGAACAUGCGCAUCGUGCAGGGGAAUAAUCAGUACCUCGGCAGUCCCGUGAACCGCGUCAAGAUGAUGGGCCAGUGGGCGUCGCGGAGCCUGUACGAGGACCCGAACCUGCCGUGGGCGAGGAGGGUCGGCAACGCGUGGAGGCAUUUCGUGUUCAAGGGGGUACUGGCGCUGACGGACGUCGCGUUUUACUUUUUCAAGAUCAGGCAGUGGCUAGGUUUUGGUGGAGGCAUGGAGGAUGAGAUGGAGAAGAGGAUGAAGGAUAUCGCGCAAGAUUUCGGUGUUGAACUGCAGCAUGAGGUGUUUGAGGGGUAG